CUUCCCGCCAGGUGCGCGCGUGACGUCACCAGGCUUUCAGACAUGGCGGAUGUCCCCUGGUGAAGAAAGGCCUCCUCCCUGGCCUAAAAAAGGGUAACAUGUCCAGCUCUGAGGUCCAAACGGGGGAUUCUUCGCAGCAGAUAAAUGAAGGCCUUUCUGGACACUCUCUGGUGGACGGCGAUGUCAACGUUGUGGGCGAGAUGGAGAGAGAUGGGUCGGAGCUCAAGGUUCCCUCCAUAAUGAGCCACGACGGGCCGGGGCUGCCGGGCGAGGUGCAGUACGUCACCACCGACGAGGCCGGGCAGCCCGUCACGGUCAUGUACCCACAGUCCAGCCUGCCGUUGCUCCGCGCAGCCGACGGCAGCUACGUCAACUUUGUGGAGCUGGGCCUGGACCAAGGGGCCCUGGAGGGUGAUGCCGGCAUGGUGGAGUUCUCAGCUGACGGCCCCAUCACUGUGGUGACAGCCGACGACACCAGUGAACAGCUGGCCCUGCUGGACAGUGACCCCGGGCAGCCGGCCGUCUCACUGGCCAGGGGGGACGGGUCGCAGGCCAUCACUUACCUCACGGCAGCAGAACACGGGGGCGAGGGCUCCCCUUCGGCCAUCCUUGGGGAGCAGUUCAUCCAGAUUCCCGCCAGUGACCAGUCCGGGUCCACCCACACCAUCACAUUACCGCUCUCCUUCCUCAAUGACGGCACGGGCGUGUCCAUCCUGCAGGGCCUGGGCCAGCUGCAGCUGCCACUGGUGGGUGAGGGGGCCGGGGACUCCAUCACCCUGGCCUCAUCCGUGGAAGCCGACCACCACCUGCAGGCCAGCGACACCCAGGUGUUGUCUGUGCUGCAGCCCACCUCAGCCCCCACCCCUGCACCCCCCACCCCUCCCCUGAGCCAGCCCCCAGCCCCACAGCAGGAACCAAGACCCUACGUCCCCAAGUCGGUGGUUGUCAAGACCAGCGGCCAGCCCACAGGCAAGACUGGCCACCAGCCCCGCAAGCUGAUAGGCACAGGGCCGAUGGCUAUCUCGGCCCAGGGCGUCCUGCAGAAGAUUGGCAACCGCAUGGUGACAGUCUUGCCCCGGCCGGAGGAUCUCAAAAAGCUGCAGGAGAACAAGUCCCUCAUUGUGAGUGUCAAGGGGCCUGGCGACGGGGACGGGGCAGGAUCCAGGAGUCCCCGGGCCAGGCGGGUGCCGGUGCCAGUGAGGCCACACCAGCGCUACGGCCGGCGGGGGCGAGGCGGCGCGAGGGGCAGGCCUCCCUCGGCGGCCAGGGCAGAGCAGAGUGAUGGUGGCAGCAAGGAUGCAGCGUUCACCAAGAAGGAGGGGCAGGACGACUCCAUCCUGCUGGCAGAGGCGGCCGGCAGCCCUGACCUCGACUUGUGCAUCAAGAUGGAGGACCAGGCCAGCGAGGGCAUCGUGGUGGACAUGACCCUGCCCGGCGGCUCCCCAGCCUCAGCUGUCCUGGUCAAGGGUCCGCCCGAGGACGAAGAGUUCAUCCUGCCCCACAAGGAGCCGAUCUUCCACAGUGCACCGCGGCGGGGGCGACGCAAGAAACGCGGGCGGGGCCGGCCGAGGGGCACUUAUGUCAUCUCCUCCAGCGGCAGGAGGCCUGGCCGACCCAAGAAGGUGGAGACACUGGUGGAGGGGCCGCACGGGGCACGCAUGAUACACACCGGCCCUGACACACGCCUGCAGGAGGCUGAGCAAGAGCUGCCCAACAUUGAGCUGGCGCGGGUAGACAACAAUGAUGGGCUGGAGGAGCUGCGGGUGCUGGAGAUGGGCGCCCUCAAGCAGGAGCCCAUGGAGGAGGACCCGCUGAGGCUGGACCCGGUGGAGGAGCCAGUGGACCCCAACAGGAGGAGGCUGCCCCCACGGAGAAGAGGUGCCAGGUACGAGAAGAUGAUCCAGGCCCUCAAGAAGCCGGAGUACGAGGACGAUGACCUGUCACUGGGGGAGGAGGAGGACGCCUCACCCGACUACCUCACCUCCCGUCGCCCCCCGCCCCCCCCACGCCCCAGGGGAACCUCCGGCCCUGGGAAGAGGGGCCGCCCAAGGAAGCACUGGCCGCCGCCCUUGGUCAAACUGGAGCCUGACACCCCCCAGCAGCAGCAGCACCAGACGCAGCACAUCCUCUGCAGCCGCCUGGACAUGGACCCGGGGAGCCUUAACGCCACUGACUUCACCCAGGCGGAGAAACACAACCUGCUCAUCACCUUCCAGCAGCCAGAGACGGGGGAAAUGGUGAUCACGAUGCUGCCCCCGCCCCCGCCCUCAUCCUCCUCCACCGCCGCUGCCGUCUCAGCCGCCACACAGUCCUCAGCCGCCACCACCACUACUGUUGCUACUGGUGUUGUCUCACAUGUGCAGCAGGGCCAGGAUUUCCAGAGUGACCCCUUGGCAACCAGUGAUGAUGCCUCUGAGGGGCACCGGUGUGAGCACUGCGGCCAGGUCAUCCAGUUCAAGCGCGACUACAUCCGACACCUGCGGCAGAAGCACGACCUGCGGCCCUACGAGUGCGACCAGUGCGGCAAGACCUUCACCUCCAGCUCUGCCCUCGAGGCCCACCACCGCGUGCACGGGCUGGAGCGUCCCCACCGCUGUGACUACUGCGGCAAGGGAUUCCUGGACCCCUCCCACCUCAAGACCCACGUGUUGACCCACACCGGCGAGCGGCCACACCGCUGCCACCACUGCUUCAAGGCUUUCGCGCAGGCCUCCCAGCUGAAGAAGCACCUCGCCCUCCACCAGGACGGCCACCAGUACCGCUGCUCCGUCUGCAACCGCUCCUUCGCCCACCGCGACACCCUCUACACCCACGUCAAGACUCACACCUCCAGCCGCCCCUUCAUCUGUGACAUCUGCAGCCUUGGGUUCGUCACCAGCAGCGGCCUCAACCGCCACCGCAAGGUUCACAAGCGGUCCAGCGAGCCUCUGGGCAGCCUGGAGGACGAGUUCAAGUGUACGGUGUGCCAGGCGAACUUUACCUACAAGCGCACGCUGACCAAGCACAUGACGGCGGUGCACGGGGACGGCCCACACAUCAAGGAGGAGAGCGAGAUGGACACCAAGCCCUUCCACGCCGAGGUGUCCCUGGUGGAGCAGCUUCAGGAGCAGCUCAAUGAGGGGUACGCCCCCAAGACUUCUGAGCUAUAUGAUGAACCCAAGCAGUCGGAGACGCUGGAGAGCAAGUUCCCGACCAACCCCUUCAAGUGCGGGAUCUGUGAGGAGUCGUUCACCGACGUGGACGUCCUCUGCGACCACUACACCAACUCCCACACCGGGGACCAGGAGGUGUACUGCGACGUGUGCUCAGUGGGCUGUGCCUCGGAGCAGCAGCUGGAGCAGCACAAGCACCUCCACCUGUUUGAGGAGCAGCAGUCCAUCAUCCACACCAUCCCCACUGAUGAGUUCCCCUUCGUGUGCUCCAUCUGCGGCAAAAGCUUCAGGAAGCACCAGGAGUUCAAGCGUCACCACCGCGGACACACGCAGGAGAAGAACUACAAGUGUGACCUCUGCAAUGCCGGCUUCCCCCUCAAGUCUGCCCUGGACAAGCACGUGCUGGUGCACACCGGGGAGCGGCCCUUCAAGUGCGACAUCUGCCUCAAGAGCUUUCGGCAGAGUGCGGCGCUGGUGAGGCACAAGCUGUGGACCCACCGACUCAAGAACCAGAACAAGUGUGAGCUGUGUGGCAAGACUUUCUUCACGCCCACACUCCUCACCUACCACCUGGACAGCCACGGCGAUGCGGGACAGUCGGCCAAGAGCCGCCUGGCCGAGCUGGCGGAGGACGAGGAGCAGCAGCUGCUGGACCAGCCAGGCGAAGGUGGGGACGAAGAGGGCCGGGCGGAGGCCAAGGAGGGCAGCCACCACAGCUGUGAGUACUGUGGUAAGAACUUCCCCUCCUAUGUCACUCUGCUCACCCACAAGCUGACCCACAAACUCAGUGCAUCGUACAAGUGUGACGUGUGCCACAGAACUUUCCGGGAAAAGAGAUACUUGCAGAAACAUAAACUCACCCACAAGGGUGUCAAGAGUUGGAAGUGUGACAUCUGUAAAAAAGCCUUCGCCACAAAGCUCACCUUGAUCAGGCACUCCCACGUCCACCUGCGGGAGGCCCUGCGCCCGGGGCCUGGCCUGGGCAUCAUCCCCGAGGAGGGGGAAGAUGGUGAGAUGGCCGUGGGCAGCACUCUCCCCUCAGUUCUCAAGUGUGAUGACUGUGGCAUCGACUUUGCCCACAAGAGCCACUACGUGCGGCACAAGCUGCUGCACUCUGGCACACCGCUCCUCAAGUGUGGCCUCUGCAACAAGCUGUUUGUGCACAAGAGUGACAUCAUCCGCCACAAGGUGAUGCACUCCUUCAUGUUCACCUGCGACGUGUGUGGACGCAACUUCCACAAGCGUUCGCUCUUCAUGAUGCACAAGAGGAAGCACACAGACGACAAGCCCUUCAAGUGUCACUGCGGGAAGAGCUUCUCCACCAGCGGCAACUACAACACCCACAAGCGCAUCCACAGCGGCGAGAAGCCCUACAAGUGUGACAUGUGUGACUACCGGUGCUCCCAGAGCGGCCGGCUGCUCAAGCACAAGCGCAUGCACACCGGCGUGAAGCCCUUCCCCUGCGACAUUUGCGGGAAGUACUUUGCCAACGCCGAGUCCGCCAAGAUCCACAAGAGGAUCCACACGGGCGAGCGUCCCUUCAAGUGCGGCAACUGUGGCAAGACCUUCAUCAACAACAGCAGCCUCAACCUGCACAUGCGCGACCACAUCCGCGAGGAGAUGUUCAAGUGUGACGUGUGCAACCACAAGUUCCGCCGUAAGCACCACCUGGAGAAGCACCGUCAGUUCCACACCAUGGAGCAGCAGCAGUACCACAACACCACCAUGGGCAUGGAGGGUGAGAUCAGCACCGACGCCCAGCUGUAUAUGUGUGACGUGUGUGGUCGAGUGUUCGACAAGAAGAAGUACCUCUACACCCACCAGAACGUUCACUCUCGCCAGCGCAAUUUCCCCUGCACCUACUGCGGGAAGCAGCUGGCCUCCCGCCUGGCCCUCAAGAACCACAACCUCAUCCACACUGGCGAGAUGCCAUACAAGUGCACCAUGUGCAGCAAGGAGUUCCGCAGCUCCUCCAACCUCAAGAGGCACGAGAGGACACACUCGGGCCAGGAGGCGGGCGGGCACCGCUGCGACACCUGCGACGAGACCUUCUACAGCGCCGAACACCUGAGCCAGCACAAGGCCAGCCACAUGCAGGGCAUGAUGAUGGUGAACCCCACAGUGGACGCUGUGUCCGACAACCCCCACCACCUGUACGUGUUUGAGGCGGUGCGGGAGGUGGGCGAGGCCAUGGACACCACACCACAGCUGCUGGUGGACAACAACCAGCAGCAGUUCCUGGUGGACGGCUCGCAGCCGCUGCUGGUGUUCCCCGAGGCCACCGCCGCGCCCUACCCAGAACUCACUGAGGAGCCCGACCCAGACCCAGACCCGGUGGAGGAAGACCCCGGUGGACAGCAAGACGUGAUCAUAGUGCCAGAAAAGCUGGAGGAGGAGAAGGUGGUGGAGAAGCCCUUCAAGUGUGACGUGUGCAGCAAGUCCUUCGCCAAGAAGCAGUACCUCACCAAGCACAAGUACCGCCACCGGGAGGUCAAGCCCCAUGCCUGCGACGUCUGCAACAAGCGCUUCGCCCAGAAGUUUGAGGUGGCGGUGCACAAGAUCAAGCACACGGGCGAGCGGCCGCACCAGUGCAACGUGUGUGGCAAGCCCUUCCGCAGCAAGGUGAACCUCCUGCACCACAAGAUGCGCCACACGGGGGAGUACCCGUUCCUCUGCUCCAUCUGCCACAAGGGCUUCUCCACACAGCUGCAGCUGGAGCGCCACGUCACACUGCACACGGGCUCCCACCCCUACAAGUGCAGCAUCUGCCAGCGUGGCUACACACAGCGCACCAAUCUCUUGAAACACUUGGCCAAGGCGCACGACAUCAUUGACAUCUCGCAGAUUGAGGGAACAAACUCCAUGGAGAAUGCAGAGGCCGUGGAGAACAUGGAGAGCAUGGAGACAGACGGUGGCGUGGACACAGCCAUCCUGGAGGAGGCCAGGGAGCGCAGUGCGGUGGAGGAGGAGGCCACCCACGCCGCCAUCGCCAUGGAAGCUGACCUGCUGACCAACGAUGAGGAGCAGCAGGCGGCCUACUCGGUGGUGGAGGUGCACCCGGACUACCUGAAGGACUACCUGCUGACCAGCCCCCAUGUGAUGUCCACGCACGAAAUGGACCCCAAGCUGCUGCAAUCCAUCCUUCAGCAGGUCCGAGGCGGCGGCCACGAGGACGCCACCGCCAGUCUCACCGGCGGCCCGGAGGUGGUGCAUGUCAACGCCAUAGACGAUUAGUGACACACACACACACACACACACCAAGCAACACCACCCACUCAACCACCUACUGUUACCAUCCUCAUCACCACCAUCAUCUUCAGCCAACACCAAAGCCAUACACUGACAGGGCUGCAUCAUCACUCCUCUGCCCUUCAUCUCACAUCCUACAACACACACACACACACACACACACACACACACCAUACAUACUCAGGUGGACUUGGUAGGGUGUCACUAAGUCGUUUGAGGUGUGUGGCAACAGAGGGAGUUAGAAACCAGGAGAAGGAGAAGGAAAAGAAUGGGUACUCUUGAUAAUAGGAAAAGGACAGUGUGAAGGAAAAGGAGGAAGAGAGGAAAAAGAAUUGGGUACGCCUGGUUAUAAGAAAAGGAGGAAGAAGGAACAGAAGAAAACGGAUGAGUACUUGUAAUUAUAAGGAGACAAUGAGGAGGAGGAAAGAAGGGAGAAAAAAAACAUUAUGACGCGCUUAAGUCCCUCUGUCUCUGCCUUGUGUCUUGCAGGAUAAGGAAGUGAAGUGCUGAAGGAGUGACUCUAAGAUACUGAUCCUCACUCUCUGACGGAUCUUAUUUGCCAUGACUGUGAUUCUCGGGUUGGUAUUGUUAAACGCUUCCGCCCCGCACACCAACUAUUUCCAAAGGCCAAAAAGGAGAUUAUUGGGUUAUAGUGAGUGUUUUUUCAAGUUCAAGUGCAGAAGAAGGGUCAAAGAAACUAUGCAUGGAAAGGCCCACACAUUUUUUAGGUUCAAGAUGCAGAAGAAGUAAAAAAGAUUAUCGGGUUAUAGUGAGUGUUUUUUCAAGUUCAAGGUACAGAAGAAUGGUCAGAGAAACUACGCAUGGAAAGACCCACAACUUUUUUAGGUUCAAGGUGCAGAAGAAGGGUCAAACUACCAUGAGGGUCAAAAAACUAUCCAUGGAAAGACCCACAACAUUUUAGGUUCAAGGUGCAGAAGAAGGGUCAAACUACCAUGAGAAAGGUAAAAAAACUAUCCAUGGAAAGGCCCACAACUUUUUUUUAGGUUCAAGAUACAGAAGAAGGGUCAAAUUCCAUACCAUGAAAAGAGUAAAAAAAACUACCCAUGGAAAGACCCACAACUUUUUUAGGUUCAAGAUACAGAAGAAGGGUCAAAUACGUACCAUGAGGAAGGUCAAAAAACUAUCCAUGGAAAGGCCCACAACUUUUUUUUUAGGUUCAAGAUACAGAAGAAGGGUCAAAUUACGCACCCUGAGAAGAGUAAAAAAACUACCCAUGGAAAGACCCACAACUUCUUAGGUUCAAGAUGCAGAAGGGUCAAAAACUACCCAUGGAAAGAAGGGCCCACCACCACAACUCCUACGAAAGCCUUCUCAAAUGUGUGUGCGUGCGUGCGUGUCGAAAUCUUUAACAGUACCGCCCACCUCUGUCUCUCCCUUAUGCUUCCCUGCCUUCCCAAACUUAAGCAUUAGUCUCGUUCGUUCUGUAAAUAGUCGUGUAUUUAUGUACAUAUCAACCCUUCCGAACCCUUUCCUUCCCCCCUUUCCUUUCCGCCUUUCCGUUCCGCCUUCCAUCCUUGUCGGCUACCACUAUUUAACAAAAAGACACGACAAGGCAGUCAGUCGCAUGGAUCUAGACACACACACCAACGUUACUCUAGCAAACUCUUCCUCCGUUGUACUUUUUCCAAGGAUUAUUAAAGUAAGAGAGAUGGAAGUAAAAUGUCUCGGCUCU